GGUAGAAGUAGUAAGCAUAGCAGAAUCUUUCUCACUAAUACUAUUCCCUCUUCUCUUCUCUUCUCUCUCUCUCUCUCUCUCUCUCUUUAUAUAUAUAUAUAUAUCGAUGCUUUACCAUUCCAUUUUCGCUCUCUGAUUUCAAUCCAUAGAAACUUACCUUUCUCUCUCAACCUUCAAUGGCUUCCGUCAUGGAGGAACCUAUGCUUUCCUACCGAAUAUUAGACGAACAAUCCUCUUCUUCUCUAGCUUCCAAUCCCUCUGAUGCUGUCAUCUUCGUCGGUAUCUCUUUGGUGCUCGGAAUUGCCUGCCGCCACCUGCUGCGCGGCACCAGAGUUCCCUAUACGGUCGCCUUGCUCGUUCUCGGCAUUGCUCUUGGAUCUAUAGAAUAUGGUACACAUCAUCGACUGGGAAAAAUUGGCGAUGGCAUUCGUCUAUGGGCAAAUAUUGAUCCUGAACUUUUAUUGGCUGUUUUUCUUCCUGCCCUUCUCUUUGAAAGUUCUUUUUCAAUGGAAGUACACCAAAUUAAGAGAUGCAUAGCACAAAUGAUUAUGCUAGCUGGUCCUGGUGUUCUGAUAUCAACAUUCUGUCUUGGAGCUGCAUUGAAGCUCACGUUCCCAUACGAAUGGAGUUGGAAAACAUCCUUGUUGCUUGGAGGGCUUCUAAGCGCUACUGAUCCUGUAGCUGUUGUAGCACUUUUAAAGGAUCUUGGUGCGGGCAAGAAAUUGAGUACAAUUAUCGAAGGAGAAUCUUUGAUGAAUGAUGGGACAGCAAUUGUGGUUUAUCAACUAUUUUUCCAAAUGGUUCUGGGGAAGAGCUUUAAUUGGGCGGCCAUAAUUAAAUUUUUAACACAAGUCUCACUUGGAGCUGUAGGUAUAGGUCUUGCUUUCGGAAUAGCUUCUGUUCUUUGGCUUGGGUUUAUUUUUAAUGAUACUGUGAUAGAAAUUUCUCUCACACUUGCUGUGAGCUACAUUGCCUAUUUCACCGCACAAGAGGGGGCUGAUGUAUCCGGAGUUUUGACAGUGAUGACACUUGGAAUGUUUUUUGCUGCAGCUGCAAGGACAGCUUUCAAGGGUGAUGGUCAGCAAAGCUUGCAUCACUUUUGGGAAAUGGUUUCUUAUAUUGCUAACACACUAGUUUUCAUCUUAAGUGGAGUGGUUAUAGCUGAAGGUGUUCUUCUAGAUGAUCAUGUCUUUCGAGAUGGAAAUUCAUGGUUGUACCUAGUUCUUCUCUAUGUUUAUGUACAGCUUUCCCGUGUGAUUGUUGUUGGAGUGUUGUACCCGUUUCUGCAGUAUCUUGGAUAUGGUUUGGAUUGGAAAGAGGCUAUUAUUCUCAUAUGGUCAGGUUUGCGAGGGGCUGUUGCAUUGUCACUUUCCUUGUCUGUCAAGCGUUCUAGUGACAGUUCACCAUUCCUCAGUCGUCAAACAGGAACUUUGUUUGUUUUCUUCACUGGUGGAAUUGUUUUCUUGACUCUUAUCGUAAAUGGUUCAACCACGCAAUUCGUUUUACACCUUCUAAAAAUGGAUAAGCUAUCGACAGCAAAGAGGCGCAUAUUGGAUUACACAAAGUAUGAAAUGUUGAACAAAGCACUAGAGGCUUUUGGUGAUCUUGGGGAAGAUGAGGAACUGGGACCUGCUGACUGGCCCACAGUGAAACGAUAUAUUACAAGCUUAAAUAACAUUGAAGGAGAACGUGUGCAUCCUCAUAAUGCACCUGAAAGUGAAACUAAUUUGGACCCAAUGAAUUUGAACGAUAUACGUGUUCGCUUUUUGAAUGGUGUCCAAGCUGCUUACUGGGGGAUGCUUGAUGAGGGAAGGAUUACUCAGUCUACUGCAAAUAUUUUGAUGCAAUCGGUGGAUGAGGCACUUGACUUUGUUUUGAAUGAGCCUCUAUGUGACUGGAAAGGAUUAAAAACCCACGUUAAUUUUCCAAAUUAUUACAAGUUUCUUCAAAGAAGUAUAUGUCCACAAAAAUUGGUAACAUAUUUCACUGUGGAAAGGUUGGAAUCUGCAUGUUACAUUUGUGCUGCCUUUCUUCGUGCACAUAGAACUGGAAGACAGCAACUACAUGAUUUCAUAGGUGAAAGUGAUGUUGCUUCUAUUGUCAUCAAUGAAAGUGAAGCAGAAGGAGAAGAAGCUAGAAAAUUUCUGGAAGAUGUUCGAGUAACAUUUCCUCAGGUUUUGCGUGUUGUGAAAACCAGACAAGUAACAUACUCAGUUCUGAACCGUUUAAUUGACUACGUCCAAAACCUUGAAAAGGUUGGCCUAUUGGAAAAAAAGGAGAUGCUUCAUCUUCAUGAUGCUGUUCAGACUGACUUGAAAAAGCUUCUAAGAAAUCCUCCAUUAGUAAAAAUUCCAAAAAUGAGAGAUGUGAUCAGUGUUCAUCCUUUCAUGGGGGCGCUUCCUUCUUCUAUUUGUAAACCACUAGAAAGUUCAACCAAAGAAGUAAUGAAAUUACGUGGUCUGACACUUUACAGGGAGGGAUCGAAGCCUAAUGGCAUUUGGCUUGUUUCCAAUGGGGUAGUCAAGUGGACGAGUAAGAGCUUAAAAAACAAACAUUCGAUACAUCCAACUUUUACUCAUGGGAGUACAUUGGGCUUAUAUGAAGUGCUAGCUGGAAAACCAUACAUAUGUGACAUAGUAACGGAUUCUGUGGUUCUCUGUUUCUUUGUUGAAACAGAUAAGAUACUUUCUGUUCUAAGGUCUGAUCCUUCGGUAGAAGACUUCCUGUGGCAGGAAAGUGCUAUAAUUCUUGUCAAACUCUUGGUCCCUCAAAUAUUCGAGAAAAUGGCAAUGCAAGAUUUAAGGGCUCUUGUUGCUGAAAGGUCAAUCAUGACUAUAUACAUUAGGGGGGAAACUAUAGAAAUUCCUCACCAUUCCAUUGGUUUUUUAUUAGAAGGAUUUGUCAAAACCCAAGGCGCCCAAGAAUUGAUAACAUCACCUGCAGCUCUCUUACCUUCACACGCGCAUCAAAGCUUUCAAAAUCUCGACAUAACAGCCAUCAAAGGAGCCAGCUUUUCCCACCAAGCAUCCUGCUAUCUUGUUGAAACAAGAGCAAGAGUAAUUAUUUUCGAUAUUGCUGCAUUUGAAUCGGAAAGUAAGCUCCAGAGAAGGUCAUCCUCAUUUGUUCCACAUUCUGUAGAUCAUCAUCCUCAUAGACCGCUGGGUCAAGAACAUGGUGGUCUUAUGAGUUGGCCUGAACAUUUCUACAAGCGAAGACAACAUAGGGAGAACUUUGAAGGGGUCGGCCAAGAAGCUAACAGCUUGUCGGCUAGAGCAAUGCAGAUAAGCAUUUAUGGCAGCAUGGUUAACAUCCGCAGGUACUUUCGAAGUUAUCCAGGAAGUAGUGUGGUUAAGCCAUCACACAGUGUAUCAUAUCCUACGAUCACUUCGCAUCAGGGCCGUCCACUUGUUUCCGUCAGAUCAGAAGGGACUGUGAGAAAGAACUUAGAAGGAAGAAAUCUCACUGGAGAAAAUACUUUGGCACCACCUCAGAUAAGUACAGCUCCAAAAGACAGUCAUGUUGAAGAUUCCAGUGAUGAAUCUGGUGGUGAGGAUGAAUUCAUAGUGAGAAUUGAUUCACCAAGUAGGCUUUCUUUUCGCCAGGCUUCUUGAGCCGAUUUUCUGGAUGAUGAUUUAUGAUUUACAUCUUAUCCUACGACCGCCGUCUUUUACAAGAAUACCAUGUAGAUUGGAUAUCAUAAUAAGUUUUAAAUGAUUAGUGUGCAAUGUAGCUUGAUAUUGUUUUUGUAGCCUUGCUUCAAAAAUCAAAAUAAAGAGUCUUUUCGGGAAAAGAAUUGUAUAACUAUUAGUAAUCAAAAUGUGUAAAAUAAAAAAUCCUUGCUCUA